AGAUGUCGACAGAAGCUCUUGUGUUCAAAGUAAAGCAAUUUUUAGUUAUAUUUUUAGUUUAAUUAUAUUCGGGUUGUUAAUUACGUUAUUAUUGGCAACUUCAAGAAAAACUUUAAUUCAAAUACGAAAAUCAUUUUAUUUUGCAAUUGAAAACUUAUGUUAGUGCAUUAUUCGUGUUAAAUAUUCCUAUGUAUGUGAUUUAGUUAGACAGUCUAGUACUUGUGAAAACAAAAAUGGCUAGUACGUCCAGUGAUCAAACUAUUAUUGCUCAAAAGACUUGGGAGAUGUCAAAUAAUGUUGAAACAAUUAACGCAGUUGAUGAAAUAUACAGAUAUGAUAGACAAGAACAACAAGAUAUAUUAGCUGCUAAGCCAUGGGAAAAAGAUCCUCAUUUUUUCAAAGAUAUAAAAAUCUCAGCAUUAGCAUUGUUAAAAAUGGUAAUGCAUGCACGUUCUGGUGGAACGUUAGAAGUAAUGGGUCUUCUGCUUGGAAAGGUAGCAGCAAAUACAAUGAUUGUUAUGGAUUCUUUUGCAUUACCUGUUGAAGGGACAGAAACAAGAGUUAAUGCCCAAGCUCAGGCAUACGAAUACAUGACUGCAUAUAUAGAAGCUGCAAAACAGGUUGGGAGACAAGAGAAUGCUAUUGGUUGGUAUCACAGUCAUCCAGGAUAUGGAUGUUGGUUGUCAGGUAUCGAUGUUUCUACGCAAAUGCUUAACCAAAAUUUUCAAGAACCAUUUGUUGCUAUUGUAAUUGAUCCUGUACGAACUAUUUCUGCGGGUAAAGUUUGCUUAGGUGCAUUUAGAACUUAUCCAAAGGGAUAUAAACCAGCUAAUGAGGAACCAUCAGAAUAUCAAACAAUACCUUUAAAUAAAAUUGAAGAUUUUGGUGUUCAUUGUAAACAAUAUUAUUCUUUAGAAGUAUCAUAUUUUAAAUCGUUAUUAGAUAAACGAUUAUUGGAUUCUUUAUGGAAUAAAUAUUGGGUGAACACUCUUAGCUCUUCUAGUCUAUUGACAAAUGCAGAUUAUACUACAGGACAAAUAUCUGAUUUGUCUGAUAAAUUAGAACAGUCGGAAGUUGCACUUGGAAGAGGAUUUGUUUUAGGUGGAACAGAUCCACAUGAUCGUAGUACAGUUGAAAAACUUAUCAAAGCAACACGUGAUAGUUCUAAAACUACGAUUGAAGUUAUACAUGGUUUAAUGGCACAAAUUAUUAAAGAUAAAUUAUUUAAUCAAGUUGGAACAAAUAUGACAGAUUCUCGUUAAACGCCAUUCAAUUAUAUUAAUUCAUAAGUUAAUUUUUAAAUAAGCCAAACAAAUGUAUUUAUAAUAAAAGCAAUGUGUGUUAUAAUUAAUACUUGUUACAUACACAACUUUUCUGUUUUCAAGUUGUAGUUUUUCAUAUCUUCUUAUUACAUAAAUAUGUAACUUAUAGAAAAUAUAGAGGAAGUAUCGUUAUUUCUGCAAUAAUCUUUUUAAUUAGAUGAUUUUCAAAACAAACGUACGAAACGUAUACUUUAAAGAUUUAGUGGAAUAAAAAUACAUUUUAUUUUCACACCUUGAUUUGCUAGAAUGUAUAUAUACAGCAUCUUUAUCAUUACUCAAUAUCUUCACAAUUGAUUUAUAUAUACACAUAUAUAUAUAUAUAUAUAUAUAUAUAUAUAUAUAUAUGUAUAUAUUUAUAUUUAUAUUCAUAUUUAUAUUUAUUUAUAAUUAUAUUUAUAAAACUAAUAUAGCAUUGAGAACAAGUAGGCAGAGCACACCCCACUGAAGGGCUGAUACUGUGUCACAGACUUUAGGACAAGGCCACUCAGAAACACACCCACCUGUUCUGCUUUCGCACUCCAAACAUUCAUAUCGCACAACAUAUAAAGGGACGGAGCUAAAAUGCGCGUACAAUUAUACUAAUAACAUAUCUAACAAUAUUUCAUAAUGUUAAUGAAAAUCCGGCAUGAUCAAAGAAGCCUAAUUCCACUAAAAUCAACUAAGGAUGUGCUAAAUUUUUAACCAUAUGUAUUAAACCUAUGAAACUUAUAAAACUAUACUGUAACAUGCUAACAUUAGAUUUAAUUUAAUAAAAUUAAGUACAUUAUUCUUCUGUUAGUUUACAUGUAUAAAAAACUGAAAAAUAA